CCCCGCCGGGCAGACACUGCCUGACAUUGACCGUGAGUGGUCGUAAAUUGUAAAAAUCUAACAUCAGGUGUGGGGUACACGUGUACUUUUCGUAAACGUUUGGUAUUCUGUGAAGUUUUGUGGUUGUGAAAGACAUUACGUCCGAAGAGUUGGCAAAGUCUCUAGGAGCAAUUGCAUCGAUUUUGGAAAAUCUACAGAGGAAGGUGGCCCAGCUUUGAUUCGGACAGCACCGAUAGCCACGUAUGGUUACAAAAACUAGAGGGAUAUAAAAAUGAAUUUGGUUGGUCUGACCGGGAAACUAUGGUUUUCAACUAUAAAAGAAAGUCGGAACGAGGAAGCACCUGGACAGAAACAUCCAUGGAACAUGCAUUGCAAGCAGAAAAAGAAAAAUCCCAGGUACAUGGAAGGAACUCCACCAGGCUCUUCUCAGUUAGUAACUGAUUCUGGAUGGAUAAGUUCCGAAGCUUUCCUGGAGUGGAUGAAGUUUUUUGUAAGCAACGUUAGACCAAAUGAAGACCAUAAAUGUCUAUUAAUCUUAGACAAUCAUGCUUCUCAUAGGUCUAUUGAUGUCCUUGAUUAUGCCUCUCAGAAUAAUGUCAUCAUUUUGUCGGUUCCACCCCACACGACACACAAGCUCCAGCCGCUAGAUGUGUCCGUUUAUGGCCCUUUCGGAACUUAUUUCCAAAAUGAAAUUGACAAGUGGCAAAAAGCGCAUCCUGCACAACGCACUACGUUGUUUGGUGUACGCAAAAUUUUUAAUAAUGCCUACCUUAAAGCUGCAACACCAACAAACGCUAUAAAAGAACCAGAGGUCCGUAUUAACCAUAAUCCUCAAGAUAUGGAUGUUAUUGAAAUUGGACCGCCCAAUACAUCUGCCCAUAAUGAUAUCGCAAAACCUGAACCUUCUGGUCUCAAUAAUAGUACGACCUUAAAACAAGCUAGUGACGCUCCAAAAGGAAAUAAUCGCAUUAAAAUUAUUGAUAUUCAUAUUAUACCUAAAUGUGAUAAACGAAAAGAACCCAAAACAAAAAGGAAUCAACAGAAAUCAGAGAUUUUGACUUGUACGCCAAUUAAAGAAGAAAUUAGAGAAAAAAGUAAGAGCAAAGAAUGUGUCAAAAGCGUUAGAAGGAAGAUCCAACAAGAGACAGAUUCCAGCAAACUGAAAAUACCUCGUCCACCUUCACCACCGAAAACCGCUCCAGAUGAAGAAGAAACUCCAUGUUUGAUAUGUGACGAUUCCUUUGAAAACUCCAUUCCAGGCGAACACUGGAUACAGUGCAAUUUCUCAACUACCAGCGAAAUAGACGAGCAAGCUAAAUCUCGACUAUCAACCUUUGGAAGAUGAUGUUCAAUAAUAAUCAUGGCUUAUAAGUACCUACAUGCUGAGUAGGCAUAUAUACCAUAGUCGUGGUGUUCGCAAUUUUGUAACUAGUUAUCCAUGUACUCCUGUAACUAGUUAUCCAUGUAUUUUUGUAAUUAGUUAUCCAGGUAUUUUCGUAAUUUUGUAACCAAUUAUUCAUGUACCUUCUAAAUCUCUUUAUCGUUAGAUACUAUAA